UGAUAAGCCAUAGCACAUGCUGAUAAAAACUUACAUGAUCUACAAUGUUAAAGUAUUCAAACUUGAAAUCAUCGAAGCAAAUAGCAAGAGAUCAGAUUCAGAGCAAGUUUAGUUUACCACAUCCAAAAUCCACCAUUUUUCUUCACAAUCUAAAUCAUACACUCAUAUCAACAACUUCUGAAUCAAUCAACCAAUCUUCUACCAAUCAAAUUACAUUAAAACAAACCCAGAAAAACCCAACAGAAAAAGUUCAAAACUUGCUAUCAAAUAGCACAAAUUUACUUCAACUUCGUCAAAUACAUGCUCAUAUUAUAAGAACCCAUUACUUAGAAUUAAAUAACGGUCCAUUUUAUUGGAACAACAUUAUAAGAUUAUACACUAGAUUAAAUUUCCCAUGUUAUGCUUUCAAAGUUUAUAUGUCUAUGUCUAGAACAGGGGUCCCACCUGACCGUUAUACUCUUCCCAUCACCAUUAAAGCCGUUGGACAAACUUACUCUUUGAAAACAAGUCAGCAACUUCAUGGGGUUGCAUUUGUUCAUGGGAUUGAGAAUGAUGAGUUUGUUGAAAGUGGGUUGAUUAAUAUGUAUGUGAAAAGUAGGGAUUUUAGAGAUGCAUAUAAGGUGUUUGAUGAAAGUCCUGAGAGAAAGUUGGGGUCUUGGAAUGCUGUUAUAGCUGGGUUUUCUCAAUGUGGGUGUUGUAAGGAUAGUUUAGAUGUGUUUUUGAGGAUGAGGAGAAGUGGGGUUGAGCCGGAUGGUGUAACUAUGGUUAGUGUUGUUUCGGCGUGUGGAGGGUUAGGGGAUUUGAAGCUAGCUCUUCAAUUGCAUAAAUGUGUUUUUCAAGUGAAAUGGAAGGGGAAAGAGGAUGUUUUGAUGAUGAAUUCAGUGAUUGAUAUGUAUGGGAAAUGUGGGAGGAUGGAGUUGGCUUAUAGGGUGUUCUUGGAGAUGGAACGACGGAAUGUGUCAUCAUGGACAUCUAUGAUAGUUGGUUAUGCAACACAUGGUCAUGCAAGUGAAGCUAUGAGGUUUUUUCAUGCUAUGAUAGAAGCUGGUGUGAUGCCUAAUCAUGUCACUUUUGUUGGAGUGUUGAGUGCAUGUGUGCAUGGUGGGAUGGUCGAUGAGGGGAAGCGUUGGUUUCAAAUGAUGAAGAAUGUUUAUGGUAUUGAGCCUCACAUUCAACAUUAUGGAUGCAUGGCCGACUUACUUGGUCGAGCAGGAUUGCUGGAGGAGGCGAGAACUAUGGUUAAAGCGAUGCCCAUGAGGCCGAAUGUGGUGAUUUGGGGGUGUUUGUUGGCAGCAAGUGAGAGAUAUAAUGAUGUGAAAAUGGGACAAUGGGUAGCUAAGCAUUUUCUCGAGCUAGAGCCAUGGAAUGAUGGGGUUUAUGUUGUUUUAUCAAACAUUUAUGCUAAUAGAGAUAUGUGGGAGGAAGUGGAAAAGAUGAGGGUAAUAAUGAAACAGAGAAGAUUGGCUAAGCUUCAAGGUUAUAGUUCAAUUACAACUAGUAUCAAUUGAAAGCCAAUUAUUCACCACUUACACAUGCUUGGAUGAGCUGGUAAGGAAGUUCCAGCUUAACCACAAAUAUCGGGUUCAAGCCUUGCGACUUGCGAGUGCAACGACAAUGGGAGGGAGAGCUUUCUCUACAUUUGCGAUCAAACCUGACACAAUACUAGAUUAGUCGAAAUCUAUAGGCUGCCGAUACUGGGUAGUUUACCUUCUUAAUAGAAAGCUAAUUGCUGUUUUACUUAUUGCUCAUUCUGGAACCAUUGUUCAUUAUGAUCUUUGGUUGCCAGACAUUUUAGAUGAUGUUCAAAUGACAGAAAUGUAUCCUUUAUCCAUUUGCUGUUUGCAAAGCUGGAUUUUUUUCAGUUAUCCGGGAAAAUUGGGAGCAAAUCUGGUUCCUGCUUGGCUUAUUGUAAAAUGUAAGAUCAUUGUCAACUGUCAAGAGAUGUUUCCCCCCUUUGAUAUCAUUUUACAGGUGAUUUCCUUCUUUAA